AUGAGCACGACUGUCCCUUCUCAAAUAUCACCAGAUGGCCCAACCAUCUCAAAUGCCACUAUCCACGAUGCACCCACCAUAAAAUCCAUAGUUGACGCCUCUUACUCAAAAUACAUUGAGCGAAUAGGAAAACCUCCAGCACCCAUGACUGUGGACUACAUCCAGGUCAUCAAAUCGCAACCCGUCUUGGUGCUCCGCAAUGACACAACAAUUCUGGGAUGCGUUAUCCUUAGCACGGAUAGUGGAUGCGAGCCAACCAACAUUGAAAACAUAUUUGUGGACCCGGCAGCACAGGGCCAGGGCUAUGGGCGGGUCCUCCUGGGUGGUGUGGAGAAACGCGCGCGAGCAAAGGACCGUUCCGCCUUGACCCUUUAUACCAACGCCAAGAUGUACGAGAAUCUCGGUCUCUACGCGAAGCUAGGAUUCAAGGAGACGGAGAGCCGAACCGAAGAUGGCUAUGAGCGGGUUUAUUUUAGAAAAGACCUAGGGUGA